AUGUCUCGAAGCUCAAUUCAAGCUAUUUCUGCAUCUUCUACGUCUCUAACAAAAUUGAGAUCCAAUCGAACGACCAUGAAUAAUAUCCCACAAGAAUUGUUCGAAAGGAUCUGGGAGAUGGCAGAUACUGGACUGGGUCGGAACGUUCCUGUCAGCUGCAGACUUGUCGGAAAAGGCUUCGAGAUCUACAGUACAGAAGCAAAAUCUAAUAUCACAGCAUUCGGUGUCCAUCGGCGAUCAAAACAAUGGGCCAGCACAGAAAAUAACGUAGCAAGACUUCUGCGAAAAAAAGGCCACAGGGGAUCUCAUAGCCAGGUUAAAUCACUUUACUUCGAUCCUAGACGUGACCGAAUCUGCCCAAUCAACGAAGCAAAGUGGACAAGAGAAGCCGUUGAGUUUCUCUAUUGGGUUAUGAAAGCUAUCGGAGUAGAGCGCAUCGCUGUUAGUGAUUGCUCUCACACGCUUGGCAUUGACAACAAUGCUCGAGGACCUUGGGCUUCCUUCUACUGGUGGUCCAAUAUCGAAAACUGGAGCUCUAGUUUUUCGGAGACAUUGAUGUACACGACAAAGAUUGAUCUUGACGUGCAUCAAAGAAUGAAAUUCGUUGAUUGGAAUGGAGCUCCAGCCCCAGUUACUCUAGGCCAUCGCGAGAAGCGAACUCGUGAAGGGCAGAGAUUGAAGGCUCGGCUUGCAACCCGAAAACUUCAGGUUGCAGAAAAAAAGCAAGACACUGCAGACGAUGUUGCAAAAAGCGAAGGAGUGUCUAGGGUUAAGCAGGAUGGGGUACCUGCUUGGUUAUUUGAAGCUGGGCGUACUAGGCGUGACUUCAACUUGAAGCCGAUGGUUGAAGUGGGCUCGCUCGAUCCUGGGGAUUAA